AUGGGUAGAAUCAAUGAUUCAUGCAUCAGCCAAAGGAAAAUAUCAGCUCAGCUAGCAAAGAUCAGACAUGGGAAUGACUGCAAUGACUGCAGAUACAUACAGAACCCUUGGGUCAACCUUAAUAUUGUUGAUUCUGAUGGACCUCUUGUCCUACCGCCUCUACCUCAGGGGCAUACAUUUGUAGUGACCAGUAGCUCGAUGAAGAUGCUUACAACGAGGGGCUUGUUUGCAGGGUUGCCAGCGGAUGAUCCGCAUGCUCACAUCGACAAACUUAAUCAUGAGUACUUCUACCGAGGACAGAAUGAUAAUAGUAAGGCAGUGCUCGAUACUAUUGUGGGAGGUUCGUACGGUGAAUGCACCUUUGCACAAAUUGCAGAGAAAAUGGAGAAGAUAUCUCAAAAUAAUAAAGCUUGGAGCACUAGAAAGUCAGACACUAGGAGGAGCACAUUUGUCGUUCAAGCUACAAACAAUCAGCCCACAUAUGAGAUUCGCGAGGAAAUGGCACGGAUGAGAACUGAACUAGGGUUGGUGUUAAAGGAUGUGACAGCAGGAGCAGAGAAGGUAAAUGUUGUGAACUAUUUGACUAAAACUCCACCACCGGCAGAAGAGUAUUAUUUUGAAGAGGAUGCGUAUGCGAACAACUAUGUCAACAGAAAUGAUCGGGCUGGACUUUAUGUUCCUUCUCAAAAUCGGGAUUCUGCUCCUAGGGAAGCGGGAGGUAAUAUGUCACGUAUUGAGGAUAUGAUGCUGAAAAUGAUGAGGAGGUUUGACGCGACUGAUGAGAAUGUGAAGGAGAUGCGAAAUGACUUGUCUUGCAUUGGACAGAAAGUUGAUGCCCAUGUAGUGUCAAUAAAGCAGCUUGAGCAACAGUUUAGUGAGUUGUCUGCUACCGUGAAUACAUGCCAGCUAGGCACAUUGCCCAGCAACACCUACCAAAAUCCAAAGAAUGAUGCGCAUUGUAUGGCAAUCACGACUCGUGGAGGAAAGCAGACUAUUGAAGUGGUAGAAAAAGGUGAUGAUGAGAUUGAGGUGACUGGAGAGUCCAAGAAUGUUAUAGAGAAAGAAGCGAAGAAAACUCAAAAGGUCGUCUUCAUGCCUAGACCUCCACCUCCUUUCCCACAGAGGUUAGUUCAGAAGGCUGAAGAAGGAAAGUACCGCAGGUUCAUAACUAUGUUGAAACAACUUUCCAUCAAUGUCCCUUUGAUAGAAGCUUCAGAGCAAAUGCUUGGUGCCAUUUCUAUGAGGUCACUAGUACAAAAGAAAGAGGAUCCUGCAGCUUUCACUAUUUCAUGCACCAUCGGUAAGAUGCACUUUGCAAAAGCUUUGUGUGAUUUGGGUGCCAGCAUUAACUUGAUGCCAUUAUCGAUUAAUAAGAAGUUGGGUUUAGGAUCUGCAAAACCAACUGCGAUGCGUUUACUUAUGACUGAUAGAACUGUGAAAAACCCAAUUGGAGUGCUUCAAGAUGUCCUUGUGAAAGUGGGGCCAUUCAUUUUUUCGGCAGACUUUGUUAUACUUGAUUGUGAGGAAUGUAAUCUUAAAUCGGUAUCGGUGUUGAGUCACACUUUCGGAAGAAGUGGUGAAGUGUUUAGUAAGGAGAAGUUAGGUGUAGCCUUGUACACGGAGAAGAAGCGCUAUGCUCAAAAGACAGAAAAGCGCAAACUAGCUCCUGGCAGAUCUAAGUCCCAGUGGACUGGACCAUUCAGAGUGACCCAAGUGUCCCCACAUGGAGUGGUUGAGCUCGAGAAAAGGAGUGGGACAAGGUUCAAAGCCGACCAACGGAGGAUAAAAAGCUACAUGGGAAAUUUUGAGAGUGUAAAUGCAAUGAUAGAGGCAUGGCAUAUUGAUGAAGCCUGA